AUGGCGCAUCCCCGAAUCUCACAGUACAUGCCCCCUAAUAUCAAUCCUGCCCAGGCUGCCAUUGCCUAUGGCCAUCGAGCCCUUCCCAAGCUGAAUGAGGAGCUACAGUCUGAGGAUCUACAGACAAGGCAAAAAGCCCUCAUGGCUCUCUCUGACCUCGUGCAUGACCCUGAGAACGUCGCUGUGGCUAUCAACACAGGUUUCAUGAAGAGUCUGAAAAAACUGCUGCAGGAUAUUAAUGACUUUGUGCGGGUAAAGACAACUGAGGUGCUUUACAUCAUGGCAUCACAUAAUGUGGGCAGAGAGAGUAUUUUGGAACAAGAUGUGAUUGCUUCCCUUUCCUUCCUGAUGGAUGACACUAACCCCAUCUGUCGGAGAAACCUGUUCAUGGUGUUCAAAUACUUGGCCCAGCUCCCUUCAGGGGCCCAUGGCAUUAUCAACAGUGGCCUGAUUCCUGCGCUUGUGUGGAAGCUGCAGAACGAGAGUGAGGCAAACCAGACUCUGCUCCUGGACACGCUGGCCUCCUGCCUGAUGGAGGAUGCCACCGAGGCACUGAGCACCCAGGUGGUGACUUUCCUGAAGGAGAAGCUCAGCAGCCUCAACGACAAGAUCCGCAUUAAAGCUGCCCGCACGCUUACUGCCAUCAGCAUCCCUCCGGAGGGUAAAAGGCAGGUGUGUCAAUAUGAAGUCAUACCUACCCUGGUGUACUUACUGGAAGACCCAGUGAUGGAAGUGCAGGCCAAUGCCGCGGGGGUUCUCAUGUUCGCCACAGUGAUCACAGAAGGCAAGUAUGCAGCCCUAGAUGCAAACGCCAUUUACCCACUCCUGAAUUUGUUGGACUCACCCUUGAUCGAGGCACGCCUGAAUGCUGUCAAGACCCUCACCAUGCUGGCUGAGGCCCCAGAGGGCCGGAUAAUCCUGCGGGACUCCGUGACCUCCUUCCGGACCUUGGAGACAGAUAAGAGCAUCUCUGUGCAGCGAGCAGCCAGGAUUGCCAUCAAAGUUAUUGAGUGGACACCCUGA